AUGAGACGUGGUGGAUGCCGUGGAUCCGUAUUGAAGGAUCCUCCAUCACGUCUGUCUAUCUUGUUCCCCCAUUGGCUAGAGGGGAAUCUUCGAUAUAAUGAUGAUCUUGGUUGUCGUCAGAUAGGCAACUGGAGCUCUCUGAUUGGUUCCACGUUUGUCGGGGACCCAAGGUUUUUACUUUUUUUUUCUUUUUUCUAUUUGCUUUUAAUUAUAUUUUGCCACCUGCUUCUCACUGAAGUUGUUUCCCUUUCUCCUUCCUAUUUUCCCCCACGUAUCUUCCACCGCCUCUGCCCCGUGAAGCCAAUAGAAAUCAGAUUAGUGCCCACCCCCACCUCCUCACUGCUUCUUAUAUCCAUUUCAGCUCCAUCCUGCCACUUUUCUAAACCGAUUGAACGAUCUCGCAACCACCAUCAGAUAUCGAGACUGGAAGGCAGCGAAAGGCAAUCGAGAAGAAAAGGAGUGAAAGCAUCGGGAGGCGGAGCUGUUGCUCCGAUUGUAGCAGUUUCUCCUUUUGGUGCCAUUAUUCUUCAGGUAAGUCCUUCAUUUAGAAUAUUUGCAAUUUAUAGUAAUUCCCGUGUUCGUGCUUUCAAAUCUGUAAGUAUAUCGAUUAUGUUGGUUCAUGAUGUGGAUGCCAAAAAAUAUGGCGGUGUUCCGGAAAGUAAGGUCGAUGAUGGCAUGAUACCAAUGCAACUGCUUUAUCACAUAUACAAUUCAUUACAUUUGAGAGAAGAACAGAAGGUCUUGAAGCAACUCACAAACAUUUUAUAUAUAGUGAGAACUAAUGCUGUCAGGCCACAUCCAUUUUGGCAAUUGUGAAUCAUGUGAGG